UCUCACUGCGCUCAGCUGGCUCCCGGUCUCCAUGGAAACGCAGCAAACAGGAGCUCAAGCUCAAAAAAAAGGGCAGCUUACAGCAGAAGUUGCUUAUUUGGCUACUGAAGUCAACAUCAUAAUGGACAGUAGUUCAUCUGAGGACUUUGCAGAAGCACCUGAACAUGAAGAAGCACAAAACAACUGGAGUGAUGAGGACAUAAAAGCAGAAGAAGCUGGAAUGUGGGAGACUGUGAUCAAUGAUGAAGAUGGCAUUUCUGCUGAUUAUUCUGUGGACAUGAGUGACCCCGAAUGGGAUGUGAACCUGGUGUCUGAAGAUGUGGAGCUUGAUGAGAGGGAGAACAUGGAUUGUUCCCGGAUGUUCAAGCUGAGAAGGGGCCUGGACCAGCUGGACCAUUUUUACAAACAGAAGGAGCUUAACAUGUUAAAGGCCAGGGAGGAACUGAAAGCCUGUCGUAUUCAUGUGACCGAGCUGGAAAAACAGAGAGACGACAUAGAAAGUGACAUAGAAAGGGAGAAGCAGGCAGAGAACAGUGCAGCCGUAUUCCGCCUACGUGCCAGCCACAAGUGUGUUUGUGCCGAACUUCAAGCAGAGGAGGAGCUGGAGGCUCAUCUAGCCAUGGUCUUGCAAGAACAGGAACUGCAGCUUUGUCAAGUGGAGGUAGAACUUGGCCAGUACCUAGGUCUGCGACAGGAGUUGGAGCAGGACGAGAAGACAUUGCAGUCCAUGAAAAAGGAGAAGCACAAUCAAAGACUCGAAAGGGAGAAGAGCAUCACCAAGAGAGCCAAACUGAAAGCACUGCGUGCCAAAAAUGAGCAGGAAAGGGCCUUACAAGAGCAAGCAGAGCUUAACCUGAGGAAGAAGGAUCAGAUCCUGGCAAGCCGACAAAAAACAGCAGUCUUCCUUAAACAGACUCUCAAGAGAAUGCGUGAAAAAGAAGAAGAGCAAAAAAAGACGAAGAAGGAGUUGAUGAAGAGAAGGAUAGAAGCAGCAGAAUCACUGAAGGCCAAUAUAGCAGCCAGUCAGGAAGCGCUGCGUGUGAGAAAGCUUAAGGAGAAAGCUUGCUUACAGAAGCUAAAAGAGGAGGAAAAUUGUUGUGAACAGUUAUGGCAAGAUGCCGGAUUGAACAGCUUCAAGCUCAUGCACAUGCACAAAGCGCAGGAGGAGUUCAACCGAAAGCAAGAGGAAUUCCAGGAGAGGCAGAAAGCUAGACGGCUGGAGAUAGUCUCCAAACUUCUGGUAGAAGAAGAGCAAAAGGAGAGACUGAAAAAACAACAUCCACCAGCACCUGUGACUCAGAGGAAGGUCCUAAAGCGACGGGAACAAAAACUGUUGAAGGACUUACUGCCUCAUUCAGCUUCUGUAGAGAGAGAGUUAAUUCAGAAUAGGAGUCCAACCCAUCCUGUGUCAUCACCCGCAAGCUCCAGGGGCGACAUCAAUUCUUCUCUGGAUUCCAUGGAGGAACAGGGUUGGAGAACAAGGACUGAGGCAGACUGGCUAACAGAAGGAAAAGAAGACCAAGAGUGUCUGGUCCAACCCGAGUUCACCGGCCUUUGGGAUCGCAAAUACAGUGAUUACGUGAGCAUGUCGGAUAAAGACAUCCCUCUCAAAACAUCCGUGUUGAAGUCCAUGAAGACAGGUCCAGACAAAACUCUGACUUCAAAAGGAACCAAGAAAUCUACAAGUGGCAAAGAGCUAAAAGGACCAUCAUUUGUCAGCAAACCAGAAACCGUCUUAUUUAAGGAUUUUGACCUCGAAAGGACGUAUAAGAAAAAAGUCGUACUUACAAACACCUCUAAUGUCACAAAUUACUGCAGAAUCGUGGGAGUCUCACAAAACCUCUUGGAUUUUAUAUCUGUAAGUUUUGAGCCUCCAGGACCAAUGUCAGCAGGCAUGUCGUGUGAACUAGAGACUGUUUUUAGACCUUUGCUGAACAAAGAUUUGGAUGGCGAGAUCCAGUUUCAUUCGGCUACUGGUCCCUUUUCUGUCAUAAUCAAGUGCAGAACAAAAAAAUGUGAGAUGGUUGUUGAUAGCAGCCUCAUUGACUUUGGCACGCAUGUGGUCGGGGAGACAAUUUCACGGGUAAUCACUCUGACCAACAGGGGGGCACUGGGUACUCGCUAUUCACUGGCUCCCCUCUCCCCAAACUGCCUUCAGUUGCAUAAUGUAUCGCAACCUUCCUUUCCUAGAAAACAGGAACCAAGUGAGAGUGGCACUGUGAAUGAAGCUGCUUUAUGUCAUGAGGAAACAAUUCAAGAAGAGAAAGAAAAUGCUACCUGCAAUGCUCAAAUGGAUCCAGAUACAUCCCGAACCAGCUGUGACACAUCUGUAGGUGUUGAGGCUUUAGGAGCUGAUGGUUUAGAGGAGAGUGAGGCUACAGAGGUUAAACAGGACCAUGACACUGAAGCCACUGAAAUCAGCAUUGGUAAAGUGCUUGAGGGUGAGGUGGGCCCAUUUGCUAGCAUCAAACUGCCCAUCGUUUUCACACCGACCAUCCCAGGAGAAACUAAGCUAGAUAUUAAAAUCACCUUUUCACAGCCCAACUGUCAAGCGAUUGUAGUGUCAGCAUAUGGAGUGGCUGAGAGUGUUCCUGUGUGGGUGACCAAGCCAAGCAUGGACCUAAAGAUUUGCAUGUAUGAUCGCCUUUACCAAGACUGCAUUGAAGUGCAAAGCAGAGCCAGCACAGCACUCAGAUUGACAUUCGAAGUAUGCAAGGAGCUGAAGAACCACAUGGACAUCCUGCCUAAAACGGGCUUCAUUCAGGCAAAGUCAAGCUUUCAUGCCCAGCUCAAAUUCCUGCCCAGAUGUAGCCUGCCAGAGGACGCCAAGUCCUUCUUUGACUCGAACACGGGAGUCCUGGAGGUACCUCUUAAUAUACAGGUGGCUGAUCAGGCAAAGCCUGUUCCCUUCACUGUCCACGCUAUUGUGACCACCUCUGAUCUGAAGUUUGACCGCACCGAGGCGGAUUUUGGGCACUGCACCGUGUUCGAGUCUGUUCAAACCACUGUGCGUCUCACCAACCUCUCUUUAUUGCCCCAGGACUUCGGCUUUGUGGGUAUUCCCAAGUUCAUUGAUGUCCAGCCUAAUGAUGGCUUUGGCACGCUGCUCCCGCUACAGACGUUGGACAUUGAUCUGAUCUUCAGUGCUUCAAAAGCAGGCGAAUACAACUUCGAACUCUCCUGCAAGUCCGGAAUUAAUCGAGUGUUUCUGUUACCAUGCCAUGCAAUUGGAGUGCGCCCUGUCCUGGAGCUCUCUAAUUCCCUGGUGCAGUUUGGAGCAACAGCAGUAGGAGAUCGGUCCACAGCAGUUCUUUAUGUGCUGAACUCCCACACCAGUCUCAAUGACUUUACACACCCUAUGCCACGCAUUGGAAAGGGCCACGUCUCUCCUGUAGGUGCCAGAUUCUUCUCAUUCACUCCUCCUGAAAACUCUGAAUUUACAGUAAGCCCCACUACAGGACGUGUGCUGCCUGGUCAGAGGUGUCUGGUCCAAGUUACAUUCAGCCCGUCGCUGUCUGAUGACGCCAUCAAGGCAGAGGCUGUUCGGCUCCUGUCGCAGAAAGAGGAGCAACAGAAGAAGGAGAUACCAGAACAACAAAAAGAGGAACCAAAGAAGAGGAAGAAGUCUCCCAUAAAUCAUAACUCAAACAAGCUAAAUGAGAAGACUAGCUCUCUGACUACCAGAAGUGAGAGUCCUUCACGGGCCCAGAAACCAGAAGACAUACAGAAGAACUCAGAUGAGUAUGUUGCUGCGAAGGCCUCUCUACUCCGCACUUACCAAGAGAGAUGCAGCCGUUACGUCAUCCCCUGCUUUGUGUCCAAUGGAGACAUUACACCCCAAAAGGAAUCGGGGGAACCCUUAUACAGCCCAUAUAACACACUGUACCUGGAGUUGCAUUGCCCUGCUGUUCGACCCAUGCUGAUGAUCGUCUCUGACAACGGUGAAACCACCAUCAAUUUCAACCAGGUGGCAGUCGGCCAGAAGGUUUUGAAAAAGGUGACAAUCCAGAACAUUUGUUCAGAGUUUGUUCAGCUGAAGUCUUCGCUGCUGGACUUAAACGGGCCCUUUGCUGUGUUGAACGCGAUGAGAGGAGUCAAGCCUGGAGCGACACACACACUCCUGGUGGCCUUUACGCCGGCUUUUGCUAAAAAGUAUCGUGAAAUACUGGAGGUGAGCUGCAGUAAAAUGACCCUGGAGUUCACGCUGUGUGGAGAAGGCAUCGAAUCUCUUGUCAACUGCAAUCAUGAGGGACGAAUCAUGGAUUUCGGCUACGUGUUAGAGAAACAGAUAACCAACCAAGUGUUUACGCUCCAGAACGCUUCCGCUCUGCUUGUACAGUUCAGUGUGUUGUUGGACAGCCUCAGCAUCUCCAAACACAAGGACACACGCUUGCUUCCAGAUUUUCUCUCUACAUAUUACACACCAUGCACAACUCUAGGCACUCAGAAUUACAGCGGUCAGAGUGUGUUCAGUGUGUCGCCUCCAGAAGGCACUAUUGCCCCCGGUGAAACUCAGGACAUCACUGUGACGUUCCAGCCUGAUCACGAGAGUCUACAUUACAGAGAUGUACUCCAUGUACAGCUUAUGAACCAUCAAACAGUGUGUGAUCUGGAGUUACGGGGUGCAGCACGAUGUCACACCAUGUUUGUUUGCGGUGGUGAUCCGUUAGACAUGAGCUCUGAAUCACUCAUCCCUCCAAACAUAUACAGAGCAGGUGAAGCAGAACACACAGAGAGGAAGAAGCUGCCCACACCUAUCUUGCUGACUCUGAGAUGUGUGUAUCGUGAGGACCAGGUGACAGCGGCAGUGCGGGAGUUGGAGGUGGGCUGCAUCCACAGCACACAAACACACAAGAAGAAUGGAGAGUUUUCAUGGGAGAACAUAGCUGGUCUUCAGCAGCAUGGGUUCAGCGUGGACCCCACCAAAGGAAGUGUGGAUGCAGGUCAUAGACGUACCAUCACUAUCACUUGGACCCCACCUGCUGGACACACUCCCAACAAGGUAGUACAGCUGUGUGUUCCGCUGAUUUUGAAAGGAGACCAGACUGAACUGUACAGCGUCACACUCAUGGCCUUCACGUCCCAGCACAAACUUCCUGGAUAAACUUCAGA